CGAUUUGGUGUUUCGUGAUUCAUUGCACUGGAUAAAAAAAGAAGUAAAAUUACAGUUCUCUGUGAAUAAGAUGGCUAAAAAUACAUCAAGCAAUGCGUUUCGGAAAAUUGAUGUAGAUCAGUACAACGAGGAUAAUUUUCGGGAGGACGACGGCGUCGACAGCGCCGCAGUUGGCCCAGAUGAGAACGAAAUCACAUCGCUGCUAACAAAAGGCAAAGGUGUCGAGGCACUGCUCAGUGCCCUCCAGAACGCCCCCCUACGUUGUAAGAACCAAAACGUCAAGGACAACGCCCUGAACAUAACGUUGCGCGUGCUGUUAUCAAUCAAGUCAACGCAAAUCGAUCAAGCCAUCGAUUCGGUGGAACAGAACGAUCUGAUCGAUGUGCUCAUGAAGUAUAUAUAUCGAGGAUUUGAAACGCCCUCCGAGGGCUCCAGCGGGCACCUGCUACAGUGGCACGAGAAGGCGUUCGCCAAGGGCGGCGUUGGCUGCAUCGUACGCGUGCUCUCGGACACGAACCGUGCUUAAUGAGGAAACAUUGUUACAGGGACAAGCAACCACAAACCAACAAAUAUAUAAAUUAGUCAUAACUGUUGUAGUUUCUUCUGCCAAGGAAAUUCCACUUGAGAAGCCGUUGUAAACACCCGAGCCGGAGCCCGAGCGCUAGUUUCAUUUUGCCGCAAUUACAAAGACAAAAGUUUUCCAAAUUAGAUUUUAACUCGUAUUCAAGUAUUAAAGUUUUUAUUA